UGAGAUUGUCACAUCAUAGGAAAUACCAUUUGCGUAGUACAUCUUGACCGUCUGUAAUACCUAGCUAAAUCGUGUUAUUGUUACUGCACUAUGCGUUCCGACAAAGAAAACGAACUCUACCUCAUAAAAAGCGGACAUUCCAAUAAUUUGAUGUUGGAUGCAACUGACUCUGAUCAAGUCAAAAUACAACCUUUUAGUGGUUCUAAUGUCCAGUUGUGGAAAUGUGUGCGUGCAAGCAGAGCUGGCUAUUUCUAUAUUAUUAAUCACAAUACAGGUAAGGCUCUUGACUACCACUACAGACCAAACCAACAAAAUAAGUAUCUCCUCAAAACGGCACCGCUCUGCACGAGCACCAAUUCAACACAAGAAUUCGUUAUAAACAAGAACGGCCGUAUUACAAAUGUUUACACAGGAGAGAACAUAGACAUCGUAGAUGCUCAAUAUCGACCUGGCAUAUCUGUACAGUUAUGGGCUGACAAUGGAAACCAAGCACAACAGUUUACUUUGCAAAAAAGAACAUAAUUGUGUGUUUUUUAUUUCGAACUAGGUGAACAACUAAGACUUAAGUGUGUAGUUUUAACAGUAUCUAGUGUUUUUUUACAUAAAAUAAAACUCUUUAAAUAUUA